AUGAAGUUUUUGGGAACCGCGAAGAAUUGUUUAGGAAUUCAGAUUUCACGUGACAAAGAUGGAAUUUAUCUAGAUCAAGAAAAAUAUAUAUCUGAGAUGCUGAUGAAAUUUAACAUGGAUGAGUCAAAUCCUGUAGCAACUCCUAUGGAUAUAAACAUAAAACUGUCAAAAGAGAUGUCACCUAAAUCUUCAGAAGAAGAAAAAGAAAUGGCUAAGAUUCCUUAUCAGCAAGCAAUUGGAAGCUUAUUAUUCGCAGCACAGUGCACUGGACCGGAUAUUUGCUUUACAGUCAACAAAUUAAGCAAAUUCAACAACUGUCCUGGCAAAGAACAUUGGACUGCUGUCAAGAGACUCUUUAGAUAUCUGAAAGGGACAAAAUCGGCCAAACUGAAAUUUUCAAGAAAUGGAAAUCCUGAAUUUCAAAUAUAUUCUGAUUCAGAUUGGGCAAGCGAUUGUGACGAUAGAAGAUCUGUCAUAGGAUACGUAUGUAUCUUACAGGGAGGUGCCGUGUCUUGGGCGACAAAACAUCAGCCAACUGUUGCAUUAUCCACAACAGAAGACGAAUAUAUGGCACUUUCGGCCUCAACUCAAGAAGCAAUGUGGAUUCGCGGCCUCGAGUUGAACUGA